AUGCAGGAGUGCAUGGACUAUAUGCUGAGCACCGGAUUGGCGUGGCGUCAACGCCUGCAGUGCGAAUGCAUAGGGAUCCACGAACAAAACCGAGAUGGUCUUGGCGUAUCGGCAGGCCAUGUCUCAGAGUUGUUGAGUUCCAUACUGGCGCUGGGCUUCGUUGAGAGCGAAUGUCGAGGAGUUUGUAUUGAACUCACUUCUGACAGCAGCAGCGAGCGCACUCGAUUGUUCAACGUGCGAUUGGCUGAGGAAUCGAAAGGCAGGUUGGCUGCCAUCCAACCCGAAAUGAUUAGAUACGCAAGCGUGGUUGGAAGCCACAGCAACCAGGUCAUGCGUGGCUUCGCCCUCGGUGCAGCUCACACUGAGCCGCGUGUCACCGUCGGUGGAAUGCUCAACCUCGAGCUUCUGGGCAAGAUCGACCCAGCCUUUGCCAAGGCUGUGAGGGGGGGGGUGUCCUGGGUGAUCGUCAGCCACAAGGUGCAAGCGAACAUGCCGGAGUUUGCUGGGUUGAUGCAAGCUGCCGGAAACGCAGCAGUCCAGGUGGCAAAGCCAGAAGACGAGCUACAGAUUGCUAAGAAAAUUAGCCGCGCCAUCGAGAGCUUCUGCUCAACCAGCGGCCGCAAGGACAUCUCCUUCGAGGACAUUUCGAAGCAGAUCAUGCGCAGCAAGCCCCCCAACCCCCAGGUUGUGCCGUUCAUUUUUCGCUUUGUCGCCAAGUGCGGGGGCAGCUUCCUGGAAGGCUCCGAGGUGCACAUCAGAGCACAUGGCCAUCCUCACAGAGUUUUAGGGCUGGAGUUCUGGGACGCGCUGUCCGCAGAAAUCAAGGGGCCAAAGCAACGGGUGGUGUUGCGACACGCCAUCCUCAAACUGGCGUAUUGCGGCCCAGAUCGAGCUGUGACCACGAGUGACAUCAGAAGGGCCAUGGCUUCCAAAGAUGUGCGGAAGCUGGAUGACUUGGAGGACAAGAUUUCUCAGGCCCACAGGUUGCUGAAGGGUGUGGACAUGAGCGUCGCCAUGCCUUUGCUUCACAUGCUUCACCGUGACAUUGCGGCCAUCUUCUUGAACAAGAGCUCCAAGGAGGUGAGGCGAUUUGAGAUGCGGCUGAGGCUGCCCACGCUCUGA